AUGGUACACGCUAGGGUUUUCGGAGCAUUUGCUGGCAGAGCGCUCAUGGCGGCUGCGGCGAAGGGAGCUUCCAAGAAGACUGCUGCUUCCGCCGCAGCUGCCUCCACAACUGUCGUGAAGAAAACGCCCGUGAGCAGGGGUAGCGGAGGUAUACAGAAAGUCGUUCCGGUCACUUCUGAGCUCGGGAAGUUCAUCGGUUCACCUCAAGUUUCAAGAACCGUAGCCGUUAAAAAAGUCUGGGAAUACAUUAAGCUGCAAAAUCUUCAGAAUCCUGACAACAAGAGGGAAAUUUUUUGUGAUGACAAGCUGAAGACCAUUUUUGAUGGGAAAGAUAAAGUAGUGUUCACUGAGAUUGCCAGAUUGCUGGCUAACCACUUUGUGAAAUCGCCCUGA